AAGAUAAUUAUAUUUUAAGAAGGUGUUACCAAGCAGUGAUAUAAAAUUCACAACAAUCGCCACGCCAUAAAAAAUGUUAAUGUUCCUUAAGAUUACAAAAUCCAAUCCAAUUUUCAUAUUAACACAAAAUAAGCAAAUAUAAAAUUUUAUUUAUUAAGAUGGAUGCUAAAAACCUUGACAGAAAGUUAAUUAAGAGUUUAAAUGAACUUGAAAUAAUUGCCGAUGGAUUAAACACUUCCAAGCUAGUGGAUGCGUCGAAUCUACGUAAAGUACUGAAGGGUUUCAAAUUCUUGACGAGAAACUUAGAGUUUGGAGAGCACAAAACGUUUGAAGUUGUCACGAUUUGGUGUCGUUUGUAUUUGAGAAUGCAAUCCUUUCUUGACGCAAAAAAUGAAAAUAUAAACGCACAAUUUGAAAAGUCUACGCCAAAGGUUAUUACUCACAUGAUUGGAUGUUUGCAAUGCCAGGUCAACGAUGUUAACUAUUAUUACUUCACAAUACUUCAAAUUAUAGAUGAACUUUUAAAAAAUAUGCAAUUAACCUCAAUCAAAAAAUUGGCUGAUUUACACGUAGGAGUUAUAUCUUGUUUGUGGUAUCCGAUCAAUCAUGCCGGAGAUUUUAAUACACAAGUUUUGGCAUUGAAGUUAAUCUGGAAACUUUUACAAAUAUGUGAUAUUAAAAAACGAAAGGAAGAAUUGAAGGCUAUCCAUGGUACUUCUGUAAAUUUAGCUGAAAAUCAAUUGAGCGAGAUGAUACAGAAAGGCAAUAUGGAUACCUUCGAAACUAUGGCUCGAGAACUUCUAAACAUUCACAAUUUAAACAUAUAUAAUGAAGGUAAAGUUUAUUCAUUCACUUGUCAAUCGUUACGUUUCGACAAAUGUACUGAAUUCUAUAGACCUUUGAAUUCUGAUAAAUUUUGGGUGGAUUUUAAUUGUGGUCCCCGUACCAUGUCAUUCAAAGGUCGUUACCGAUCUUCCGUUAAUGAAAGUUACAAGUUGACUCAGGUUAUUAUAAAGAUCAAAGCCAUAACCAUGCGCCAAAACGCUUUAAUAGCUUGUUAUGAAGAGAAAAUUGAAUUUUCGAACACCUCGGCUGAAUUAGAAAUAUUAAAUCGCCUUGGCAAAGUGAAUUUAUGUCUAUCGGAUGUGGAAGCAGAUCGCCUAACAAAUAAUAAACAUUUCCAUGAGAAUUUUAAAAUCAACACGAUUGACAACGAAAAUGCUAUAUUUAGUGAUUCCGAUUCCUUACAUGAAAAUACUGGCACAAAGAAGGAACCAACUUUUGCUGAAAAAAGCGAUGGAAAUAAUGUAUCAUUUAACGAAAGCAACAAAGGCAAUAAUGCAAUUGCUUCCCCCGUAGGGAAAGAAGUACUGGAACUAUUCCCACAUGGCGUGAAACAGGAAAAAGAUAACAAUGCUACAAAUACGGCUCAUAUAAAUUCAGCAAACACACCACAAUCAAUGCACACUUUGGAAUCGAAAGAUAGCAGCCCCAUAAAGGGGUUACCUAAUAAACGAAAAUUUUUCAAAACUCCAGUGUCGCAGAAAACGAUGCUAAAACGUCGAAAUAACAACAAAACUUCUUCACCAAAACCGAAAAAAAUUAAGACGCCAACAAGCAUAUCCAAAUCUACUGAAAUUAUUAACUUAACUGAUAAUAACGAAAUCGAACACAAAAGCCCGUCAUCAUCUCGUUCAUUAGAUUCGCAAACUGCAAGCGAUAGUUUUAUUGUUAACAUUUCCAAUUAUCUUAAAGAAGGACGGGAGUACGCUUCUCCGGUUCUCCCAAAAGACCAGCAGCGCGCUAAUAUCAUAAAACGUACCAAUUCCUCAAAUCAUCCAAAGUAUUCAGCAAAAAAUCCUAUCGAUGUUUACAACAUCUUCGAUGAAAUCUAAUUCCUUUUUAAAAAAUUAAGUAGUACCGUGCACAGAGGUGCUCAGAAUUGUAUUAACAGUUGCGUUUUAUGAAUUUCUGAAUUCUUUUUUCUUUGUGUAUUUUAUUAAUCUUGAAAGUUAUGGAGAUUUAAAAAGUGUUUCCAAAAAAUUGAAAACUUGUAUUUCAACAAAUGUUUUGAAUCGACAAUUAUUGUAUUAUUUAAUUUCAAAAGU